UUCCGUUUCCGUCCCCUCUUCCUCUUCUGCUCCUCGAGGAGCCGCCGGGGCCUGUUUUCGUCUGUUUGUGGCAGCAGAGCGCGAGUGUAGUCAUGGCGAUGUUUGAGCAGAUGAGAGCGAACGUGGGCAAGUUGCUCAAGGGUAUCGACAGGUACAAUCCUGAGAAUCUGGCCACCUUGGAGCGCUAUGUGGAGACUCAGGCCAAGGAGAAUGCUUAUGAUCUGGAAGCCAACCUGGCGGUCCUGAAGUUGUACCAGUUCAACCCAGCCUUCUUUCAGACCACGGUCACUGCCCAGAUCCUGCUGAAGGCCCUCACCAACCUGCCCCACACCGACUUCACCUUGUGCAAGUGCAUGAUCGACCAGGCACAUCAAGAAGAACGGCCUAUCCGGCAGAUUUUGUACCUCGGGGACCUGCUAGAGACCUGCCACUUCCAGGCUUUCUGGCAAGCCCUGGAUGAGAACAUGGACCUUCUGGAAGGCAUAACUGGCUUCGAGGACUCUGUGCGGAAGUUUAUCUGCCAUGUGGUGGGCAUCACAUACCAGCACAUCGACCGCUGGCUGCUGGCUGAGAUGCUUGGGGAUCUGACAGACAACCAGCUGAAGGUGUGGAUGAGCAAGUACGGCUGGAGUGCUGAUGACUCGGGACAGAUCUUCAUCUGUAGCCAGGAGGAGAGCAUCAAGCCCAAGAACAUCGUGGAGAAGAUUGACUUCGACAGUGUGUCCAGCAUCAUGGCCUCAUCCCAGUAACUGCAGGUGUUCAAUAAAGAUUUGUAGAUCGAG